GGGAUAGUGAGACAGGGGACAUCCGCCGGCCCGUGGACCCGUGGCUGCUUUGUUGGGAAGCAGGGGCAGGUGGAGGGUAGGGGCCUUCCAGAGGGCGCUCUGGGCAGGAGUCUGGGCACUGCGGUUAGUGAACUCAGGGGAGGAAAUGAGGGGAAGCUGGUUGGCCAGGCGUUAGCUGGCAGCCUUCUGGCCCUGAUUGGAGAAGUCACAGACAGGACACUUCACUUCCCUGGACUCUGAGCGGGCCCAGGAGUGGUCAUGGGGCAUUUGGAGCUGGCAGCCAGGAAGGAGAGGGCAGAGGGCCUGUGCUGGGUGAGAGAACCGUGGUCUGGGCCUUUAGGGAAAGCCGGGUCAGCUUUUCAGGAAUCAGAACUCAGCGCUGGCCAGUCCCCUUGAGAAGGGGCAGAGCUCCCCGAGGGGGCGGGCACCUGCCACAGUGAGUGAGGGCAGCUGCAGGGUCUGGCAGGGGGCCGUCGUGGGAGGGGCUCACCCAGCCCAGGUCCACUGGGGUCUCACGCCCCUCCCCCUGGCCCGCCUCCCCCCCUCCCCGCAAGGGUUAGAGCUUGAGCAGAACUCUUAACUGAGAAACUUGCCACUGACUAGCCCCUUAGGAGGCAAGCUCUCGCCCAGGUCAGGAGUCUGGGGAAGGCCGGGCGCAGCGGCUUGUCCUUGGCUCUCCGCGGUGCGGGACGCGGCAGGCUGCGCUCUCCAGCCGAGUGACGCAGGGCGCGCUGCGGGCCACGCGGAAGGUGCGGGCGGCGCGGGGUGCACGCUCGGCUCGGGAUUCCGCCUCGGGAUUCCGGCAGCCCUGCCGGGCCGGGGGGCGUCCCGCGCAGCAGCGCGAGUCACCGGCAGCGCCCCCUCCCCGGCGUGUUCCCCGAACCCUCCGCCUAGCCAGGCUCAGCAGCGCCCGUCGUGGGAGGCGGGAGACCGUGGAGGCUGGAGCUGGCCGUCAGGAUGGAGCCCUCGGCCCUGAAAGCUGGCUCCAUGCAGGAGGACGGCUUUGGGGUGCAGCCCAGGAGGGUGGCAGACCUGGGCCGGGUCCCCAGCCUCCAGCGGAGCAGCAGCAGCCUCUGCAGGGGCAGGAGCAGGAGGUCGCAGUACGCCUUCAGCAGCUGUGAGAAGCAGGAAAAUCUGAGCUCGUGGAUCCCGGAAAACAUCAAGAAGAAAGAAUGCAUGUACUUCGUGGAAAGCUCCAAGCUGUCUGAUGCUGGGAAGGUGGUGUGUGAGUGCGGCUAUACCCGCGAGCAGCACUUGGAGGAGGCCAUCAGGCCCCAGGCCUUCCAGGGCAACGAGUGGGACCCCAAAAAGCACGUCCAGGAGAUGCCGACGGAUGCCUUCGGUGACAUCGUCUUCACAGGCCUGAGCCAGAAGGUGGGAAAGUACGUCCGCCUCUCCCAGGACACUCCCUCCAGUGUGACCUACCAGCUCAUGACGCAGCACUGGGGCCUGGAUGUCCCCAACCUGCUCAUCUCGGUCACGGGCGGGGCCAAGGACUUCAACAUGAAGCCCCGGCUGAAGAGCGUCUUCCGCAGAGGCCUGGUCAAGGUGGCCCAGACCACAGGGGCCUGGAUCAUCACCGGGGGGUCCCACACCGGCGUGAUGAAGCAGGUGGGUGAGGCCGUGCGUGACUUCAGCCUGAGCAGCAGCUGCAGCGAAGGAGAAGUCGUCACCAUUGGCAUUGCCACGUGGGGCACCGUGCACAACCGAGAGGGCCUGGUCCACCCCCUGGGCGGCUUCCCUGCCGAGUACAUCAUGGACGAGGAAGGGCAGGGCCACCUGACCUGCCUGGACAGCAACCACUCCCACUUCAUCCUGGUGGACGAUGGGACCCACGGCCGCUACGGGGUCGAGAUCCCCCUGAGGUCCAAGCUGGAGAAGUUCAUUUCGGAGCAGACAAAGGAGAGAGGAGGCGUGGCCAUCAAGAUCCCCAUCGUCUGUGUGGUGCUGGAGGGAGGACCUGGCACGCUGCACACCAUCUACAACGCCAUCACCCACGGCACCCCGUGCGUGGUGGUGGAGGGCUCGGGCCGCGUGGCUGACGUCAUCGCGCAGGUGGCCGGCCUGCCCAUCUCCGAGAUCACCAUCGCCCUGAUUCAGCAGAAGCUGGCCGUGUUCUUCCAGGAGAUGUUCGAGACCUUCACCGAGGGCACGAUCGUGGAGUGGACCAAGAAGAUCCAAGACAUUGUCCGGAGGCGGCAGCUGCUGACCAUCUUCCGGGAAGGCAAGGAUGGCCAGCAGGACGUGGACGUGGCCAUCCUGCAAGCCUUGCUGAAAGCCUCUCGGAGCCAUGACCACUUUGGCCACGAGAACUGGGACCACCAGCUGAAGCUGGCCGUGGCGUGGAACCGUGUGGACAUUGCCCGGAGCGAGAUCUUCACAGAUGAGCGGCAGUGGAAGCCUUCAGAGCUGCACCCCAUGAUGACGGCCGCCCUCAUCUCCAACAAGCCCGAGUUUGUGAAGCUCUUCCUGGAGAACGGGCUGCGGCUGAAGGAGUUUGUCACGUGGGACACCCUGCUCUACCUGUACAAGAACCUGGACCCCUCCUGCCUGUUCCACUGCAAGCUGCAGAAGGUGCUGGCCGAGGAGCCGGAGCGCGUGGCCUGUGCGCCCGCCCUGCCCGCCGUGCAGAUGCACCACGUGGCGCAGGUGCUGCGGGAGCUCCUGGGCGACUCCACGCAGCUGCUGUACCCCCGGCCCCGCUCCAGCGACCGGCCACGGCUCUUGCUGCCCGUGCCCCACAUCAAGCUCAACGUGCAGGGCGUGAGCCUCCGGUCCCUCUACAAACGCUCAUCAGGCCAGGUCGCCUUCACCAUGGACCCGGUCCGCGAUCUUCUCAUUUGGGCCAUCGUGCAGAACCGCCGGGAGCUGGCAGAAAUCAUUUGGGCUCAGAGCCAGGACUGCAUCGCAGCGGCCUUGGCCUGCAGCAAGAUCCUCAAGGAGCUCUCCAAGGAGGAGGAGGACACGGACAGCUCCGAGGAGAUGCUGGCCCUCGCCGACCAGUACGAGCUCAGAGCCAUCGGCGUCUUCACUGAGUGCUACCGGAAGGACGAGGAGAGAGCACAGAAACUGCUCACCCGGGUGUCAGAGGCCUGGGGCAAGACCACCUGCCUGCAGCUGGCCCUGGAGGCCAAGGACAUGAAGUUUGUGUCCCACGGGGGCAUCCAGGCCUUCCUGACCAAGGUGUGGUGGGGCCAGCUCUCCGUGGACAACGGGCUCUGGCGGGUGAUCCUGUGCAUGCUGGCCUUCCCGCUGCUCACCACCGGCCUCAUCUCCUUCAGGGACAGGAGGCUGCAGGCGGUGCGGGGCCUGGCCCGGGUCCGCGCCUUCUUCAACGCGCCCGUGGUCAUCUUCCACCUGAACAUCCUGUCCUACUUCUCCUUCCUCUGCCUCUUCGCCUACGUGCUCAUGGUGGACUUCCAGCCCUCGCCCUCCUGGUGCGAGCGCCUCAUCUACCUCUGGCUCUUCUCCCUGGUCUGCGAGGAGCUGCGGCAGCUCCUCUACGACCCUGACGAGUGCGGGCUGGUGAAGAUGGCGCUCCUGUACUUCAGCGACUUCUGGAACAAGCUGGACAUCGCGGCCAUCCUGCUCUUCACAGCCGGCCUGACGCUCCGGCUGAUCCCGGGAUUGCUGUACCCCGGACGCAUUGUCCUCUCUCUGGACUUCAUCAUGUUCUGCCUCCGGCUGAUGCACAUAUUUACCAUCAGUAAGACGCUGGGGCCCAAGAUAAUCAUCGUGAAGCGGAUGAUGAAGGAUGUCUUCUUCUUCCUCUUCCUGUUGGCCGUGUGGGUGGUGUCCUUCGGGGUGGCCAAGCAGGCCAUCCUCAUCCACAAUGAGAGCCGGGUGGACUGGAUCUUCCGGGGGGUCGUGUACCAGUCGUACCUCACCAUCUUCGGGCAGAUGCCGGCCUAUAUCGACGGCGUGAACUUCAGCCUGGACCAGUGCAGCCCCAAUGGCACCGACCCCUACAAGCCCAAGUGCCCUGAGAGCGACGCCACCCGGCACCGGCCCAUCUUCCCCGAGUGGCUGACGGUCAUCCUGCUCUGCCUGUACCUGCUCUUCACGAACAUUCUGCUGCUCAACCUGCUCAUCGCCAUGUUCAACUACACGUUCCAGCAGGUCCAGGAGCACACGGACCAGAUCUGGAAGUUCCAGCGCCACGACCUGAUCGAGGAGUACCAGGGCCGGCCCCCGGCCCCGCCCCCCUUCAUCCUCCUCAGCCACCUGCAUCUCUUCAUCAAGAGGGUCAUCCUGAAGAUCCCGGCCAAGCGGCACAAGCAGCUCAAGAACAAGCUGGAGAAGAACGAGGAGGCCGCGCUCCUGUCCUGGGAGAUCUACCUGAAGGAGAACUACCUGCAGAACCAGCAGUACCAGCAGAAGCAGAGGACGGAGCAGAAGAUCCAUGACAUUAGCAACAGGGUGGACACCAUGGUGGACCUGCUGGAAAUGGACCGACUGAAGGGUUCAGGCUCCAUGGAGCAGAGAUUGGCCUCCCUGGAGAGGCAGGUGGCCCAGACGGCCAGAGCGCUGCACUGGGUCGUGAAGACCCUGAGGGACAGCGGCUUCAGCUCGGACGAGGGCGCCCCCUCCCUGGCCUCCCAGCCGUCCUCGGAGGGGCAGGACCCGGAGCUGGACAGCAGGCAGAAGGCAGAGGACCUGGGCGACGCCCACCACGUGAACGCCCGGCACCUCCUCUACCCCAACUCCCCCAUCGUGCGUUUCCCUGUGCCCAACGAGAAGGUGCCCUGGGAGACAGAGUUUCUCAUCUACGACCCCCCCUUUUACUCGGCUGAGAGGAAGGACAAGGACUUGGUGGACCCCGUGGGAAACGCCCUGGACCCUCUGUCCGGGAUCACCUACAACGCCGUGGACGGGCCCACCGACCGCCGGAGCUUCCACGGCAGCUACGCGGUUCAGGACGGGUUCCCUCUCAACCCCAUGGGCCGCACUGGGCUACGAGGGCGCGGGGCCCUCUGCUGCUUCGGACCCAACCACACGCUGCAGCCUGUGGUCACUCGGUGGAGGAGGAACCAGGACGGAGCCAUUUGCUGGAGAAGCAUCAAGAAAGUGCUGGAGGUGCUGGUGGUCAAGCACGACCUGGCAGAGCACUGGGCCUUGCCAGGGGGCUCCCGGGAACCCGGAGAGACGCUGCCCCGGAAGCUGAAGCAGGUCCUCCAGAGAGAGUUCUGGCCUUCCUUCGAGAACCUGCUGCUGCAGGGCACGGAGGUGUACAAAGGCUACGUGGACGACCCUCGGAACACGGACAACGCCUGGAUCGAGACAGUGGCCGUCAGUGUGCACUUCCCAGACCAGAGUGACGUGGAACUGAAGAGGCUGAACUCUCACCUGCACGCCUGCGACCCCGGGAUGUCCGUCCGAUGGCAGGUCGUGGACAAGCGCAUCUCGCUGUAUGCCAACCACAAGGCCAUCCUGCAGAAGGUGGCCACCCUGUUCGGGGCCUACUACUGACCCGAGGGCUCAGCAGGGCCAGUCUGUCCCCAGCCCCUCGGAGAUUGGGAUGCAGCUGUGGACCUCGGGGAGACCAGGAGUGCAGCGUGAUGGGGUUUGGGAACCUGCCACCCCUCAGCCAACUGGAGUCCCCCACCGGACGAGUUCGUGAACUGGCAAGGCGCUCUGAGAAGGGAGCCAAGGCCGGGGACAGGCUGGCCCGGUCACAUGGCGUUUCCUUAGGAUUGUGGUGGCCACGGGGACCCCGCCAGCCAUCACUGCCUCUCCUGAGCCGGCAGGCAGCCGGUUGAGGGGCUGGAGCCUCCUGACAGCCUUGGCCUUUGGCCCGAGUCGAGUCUCCCCUGGUAACGCUGUCAUGCACAGCGCACCCCCUGCCAGAGGUACAUCGGUCCAAGGCCUGUGUCCCCUGGAGCGUUGGGGUUCCCGUGUGGCCUCCUCCUCAGGCCCAUGCCUCCAAGAUGGCCUCCACCGUGGCCAGACUCAGACCCUCGCCUGGCCUGGGGCAGGCCCUGUGGGAACCCCAGUUUACAGCCCGGGCCACCGUCAGGGCUGAGCAGGGGCAGGAGGCCUGUGAGUGCAGGCCUGCUCCAGAGACGCAGAGGGUCCCUGGCUGUGAGCCCAUGGAGUGUGGGUGUGGAUGGGGGCACCCCGUUUAGUGUCAGCGAGUCACAGACCAUCAGCAUAAGCCGUCAGGAGCAUCAGGACCAGGAAGGUUGUCAAACCCGACGUUAAGUCUGCUGCCCGUGCCACCCGGCCGCCCCCUGCCACCCGGCCAGCUCUUCUGUGCCUCCUGCAAAUAAAGUUCCAGAGGUGCAGUGGUCAGGAGCCGUGUCUGGGCCACCGAAACCUCUACCAACCCACGGCCACGCUUCCCGUGGCCCGAGGGCCUCUCCUGUGGCCGUCUCCCGUGUUUGUGGGCAUGUGUGCGUGUGGAUGUGUGUGCGUGAGUAUGUGUGUGUGUGUAUAUUUGUGUAUGUGUGUGUAGAUG